GUUUCUUUCGCGGGCAAAGUACAGUACUCCGUACAGUGCAGUCAGUACCUACUGAGUACUCCGUACAGUGAGUGUAGUGUACUGACACUGCAAAGAGGCUGAAGGUUGACCUUAACCCGUAACAUCGCCCCGCUUGACGCUCCCCAAAGCCCCGUAAAAACCUAAACUGGGCCAAACAGACCAUACGGAGUACAUCCCGUCCAGGUGCUGCGCGCUGCACUGUGCUCAGAGUUCGUCGUCCGCAUCGCAUGAUAUUUCAGCAGAGUUCGUUCUCCAUCCAUUGCGGAAAGCUUGUCGGCCAUUCUUGACAAUGAUACAUUGACCGGAAAGGGAAGCUGUGAUUUGAGAGUUUGCAGACACGGUAAACACCCGUUCAGCACCAGCUCCAGCACCAGCCGCAUUGCAUGGUGGUUGUCAGAGCUCCUGGACAUUCGAGACGCCGGCUGUGCUUCUCCGAGGGACAGGAGACGAGCGACCCAACUCCUAAGGGCCUGUUUGGCAACUCCUAAGGGCCUGUUUGGCAACUCCCAAAGGCCUGUUUGGCUCAGUGAAAGGAGAGGCAACGCAGCCGAGAACACCACUCCAGUCCAUCAUCAUCCACUUUGCGAACCACUCCAACCACUCCCACUCGCUCUGAGUUUUUCAACUCCCCAAGCAUCCAAGACCUGGGCAGUCAUCACGCCGAAUUCCUGAGUCGCAUUGCAUCGCUCUUCUCUCCGUAAACCCAAUCCCGCUGCUGCUGGAGAUCCCUUCGUACCCUCCGUACCUCGAAGAGAAUCGUCCAAAAUCAAUCAUUCGAAACCAUCGACGCAGCAGACACGGUGUGUAGAGUACGAGCACCCAUUUUCAUGGGCCGUUGCCUUGUGCAGCUACAGAACAGAACACGGCAGGGCAAUUGCAUUGCUGGUCGCGGGAAGCAAGAUUGCAUGAAAUCGUGGGGAGUGCUUAAUUGAGGACCGAGUAAAUCUUCAUUGGCGGCGGCUCAGGCUCCAUAGAAAAUCCAUCUCCAUUCACCUGCAGCCGACCCCGAACAGAACAUCCGGCCAAUGGCAGAUCAAGAUUCCACCGGGCAAUCCACUACGACAUCAGCCCACGGUUUGAUCUCCAACUCGACUUCCAAUCCUACAUCAACAUCACAUCGUAGAUUCAAAGAAAACGCUGUGGAAAUGAGCCAUCUCGAGGCAUCGGGCGUGCCCAAGAGAACCGCUGCCACCGACUCCCAAUCCCCGAGCGACCUCCUGAAUGAUGUAACAAUUCCCAUGGCCUCUCCCAUGGACGCUUCAUUUCUCACAUCCGCCUCGACUACGAGUCCAGAAAAUGCUUCAGCAGCGCCGUCAGACCAACAAAGCACCAUGACGAACGCUGCCGACGCCCCGUCCGCCACAGUCCCAGGCUCCUUAAAAACCACCAAUGCUCCUACCAAGACCGAUGCCUCUCCUCUGGCCGCGACAAGUGAUUCAGUAGCAAUAGGACCUUCAUCCGAAACGAUGCCGGCUCCAGUGCCAACAACCAACGAGGCGGGGCCGGUCCUUGUCAUCACAUUACUUCUUACCUCGGGUGCUCGACAUCCAUACAAGAUUGACGAGAAAUACCUUACAAAGAGAAAUGUGAAUGUGCCAGGAGUGACGGAAAGCGGGAAGAAGGAUCCAUUUAGUAUAAGUGUCUAUACACUGAAGGAGUUGAUAUUGAGGGAGUGGAGAGAGGAAUGGGAAACUCAGCCGAGUAGCCCGAGUAGCAUACGCUUAAUUUAUUUUGGGCGAUUAUUGGACGAUAAGACUGCUUUAAAAGGUAUGCUUGAAUGUUUUGUUUUCUGACGAUGGGUAUGACGAUAGGAUAUCCCAACCAAGAAAAGGACGCUACUCUCUACGGGUCUUCCCGCAGUUGAGAGUGCCUUAUCAUCACCAGGGGUUUUAUAUUCGGUGCCCAGGAAGUAGUGUCUCAGUAUCAGAUACUAAUUUUGGUCUCAUAAUAGAAUGCAGAUUCAACGCGGAAAAUGCAAAUGUUGUACAUAUGACAGUUCGACCACAAGAUAUCGUCGACGAAGAAGAUGCUUCCAAAGGCAAAGGCUUAGGACGAGAAAGAGGAGAUGGGGAAAGCACAGCCGGUUGCCGGUGUGUGAUUCAAUGA